UGUGCUCCGUAUGGAGAGAGGCUGAGGGAGCUCGACGACUGCGUACUCGCGCCAUGGCCAGGCAUGCUUGAGUGAAACAUCAACCACAACCACCUCCUCCUUCGCGACUCGGCGUGACUGGGUUUCUCGACGGCGGCCUUGACGGUCUCCUUAUCCUCGACCCAAUUCCGACUCGGGUCCCGCCUUGUUUCUUAUUUCCACCGAAUCCUCCAGUAUCCUCCACGCCAGCUUGAACGCCCGCCCACCAUGUCCGAGGAGCGUAGCAAGAUAUCGCUUCGUAGCGGCAAGCGGAAGAAGCGCCCUACCAUCAGCGCCCCCCGACAAAUAUCCAGCCCCAUCAUCCAGGAUGGCUCGCCCAAGGGACCGGUGCCGUCAGAACCAGCUUCACGGCCUCGGCCUCGUCCACCCCCGGUAGCUGGCGGCAAGACAUCCGAUCUCGUGAAGCGACGUUACUCGACUCGGUUCAACAACGUGCCUGCCGGCUACGAUGGAGCUCCGCCUAUGCCUCCGGUAGCCUCGCUUGCCAACUUCGAACCCAGAGACCGCGGUAAUGAUCGGCCACCUCCCUCGCGAGGCGGAGGAGCUGCGCCGGUCGUUGAUGUGAAAACAUUGCGAGACCCCGCCCUCAUCCCCGACCAAUACGUCUCCAAAAUCUUGAGCGAUGCGACCGAAGACCAGAUCCGCGAGUUCGAGGACUCGCUACGCAUGCUCAAGGCCCGGGCCGCGAGCGACCUACAGCAGAGCGUCAUGCAGAACCGGACCCAAUUUAUCAAGAUCAGCAAGGAGGCAGAGAAGCUCAAAAGCGAGAUGAGGGCUCUCAAGAACCUCAUGUCAGAUCUCAAGGUCAAUACGACUGCUCUACGGGCGGCAUCGAUGAAGGGCGAAGAUGACCAAAUGACAACCUUGUCGAAGCGGGACAAACGAAGCUCAGUUGCCGAUAGAAGCGCGCUCUGGAACUCGCAAAUGCAAGCUCUGUACAAGAACGUCGAAGGGUCGCAGAAGUUCCUGCCCAACGCAGCCGGGCGGCAUGUGGCCCAGAACGCUGGCCCCUGGAUUGAGUUGGACAAUGCGACCUACAAGUCCCGUCGGGCUAUGCAAAUAUUCUUGCUCAACGACCACCUCCUCAUCGCAUCGCGUAAGAAGCGAAAGACUGACGGGGUAAAUGCUGACGCUCGAGGGCCAAUGAUGAAGAUGGUGGCUGAUCGCUGCUGGCCAUUGCUGGAUGUAGAGGUUGUGGACAUGUUGAGCACUGGAGAGUCGUCGAGCGGAAGCCGGAACAAGCUGGCCGACGCAAUCAUGGUUCGAGGAGUUGGCCAGGAAUCUUUCAUCUACCGGACGGAGAAACCAGAAGACCCCGAGAAGAAGACGCUGCUGCUGAAUGUUCGCAAGGCUGUGGAGGAGCUCCGUAAGGGGCUUCGAUCCGAGAUGGAGGCCAACAACAAGGCUCGAGAGACCAUCAACUACUUUGCGUCCCGAGACCCUGGUCUCCUUCAGAAAACGGAGCUACUGGCCACCCUGUCGGAUAUCAAGGACAUGCUCAUCGAGGUGGACGGCAAUCAGCAGAACCUCCGCUGGGUCGAGAGUCAAAUGGAUGAGCUCGAUAUUGACAUCGCCCUGCAGCGUUUUGAACCUGCAGUUGCCCGCGUCGAGAAACUGAAGGGACUGGCUCGAGGGCUCAAGAACAACGCUGUCGCUCAGGACUUUAUCAACUUCAAAGUUGAGGAGCGAUGUGCCAAGUUAGCCGGCAUGAUCGUUCGCGGCUUAGAGUUGACGCACAAUGAGCAAAACAAGACACGACGCAACGUCAGCUGGUUGACAAGGCUGGGUUUUGAAGACAAAGCCAGGGAGUCGUACUUGGCCGCCAGGAGCGACAAGAUCCACAAACGAUCCAGACAGUGCAUUUUCCAGGGUGAUCUACACCUGUAUAUUUGGGAGGUGUCCUUUGUCUACUUUAUGGUCAUCCACAACACGGUGCAAUGCUUCCAAUCAUGUUUCCCACCGCCCAUGAUGAGCGUGUGUGUCAAAUGGGCCAAGGAGGAGGUGGAAGCAUUCAAUGUGAUUUUGGCAAGACAAUUGAGCAGCACAGAGCCUGGCGGUCCCGUGUGGACGCAAUGUAUGGAGAGGGCCAAGGAGCACGCCAAGAAGCUGUCCGAGGUUGGACUGGACUUUAUGAACCUGGUCGGACAGGACCUGGAGCAUAUACCUAUGGAACAGGAGACCCCUCCGGUCGGGCUGGGCCUGUCCUGAGGGAAUGAGCAACCUGAGUUAAGCUAUAUAUGAGUUGAGAGAGUGGCUGAAUGAGGCAGAGGGAGUUGGAGUGAGUUAUUGGACAGAGGGGCUUUGACAGAGAUGUUUCAGUGCGUCAAUGUUGUGACUGCCUAUGGCUGUGGUGGACCACUUUGCCGUAACAUAGACAAUGGCCCGCCCUGUCGCAGAUUAAUUAACGUUGAUGAGGGGAUGAUGUGGUAUGUGGAAUGUUGGGGUGCAAGUGCAGCUGAGUCCACCAAGAUGUUCAAUUGAAGGCGAAAUCCAUGGAGAAGAAGCUCAAGGCCGGAUGCGCUUUGACAGAUGCCACAGUUUCGAAGGAAUAAAAAACUCCAUGUUAUUCGCCCGUAUCUUUACUUCAUCAUCUCCAAAUCAAUCCA